AUGAGAUCCAAGCUGCCAGAGCUAAAGAGAGAGACGGUUGGUGUGCCAGGCGAGGAAGUGCAAGAGCGAGAUUGGUCAAGUAAAUUAAAGGGAAAAGCUUACGCUGACCUUAAGAGGGGUGCCACGCCCAAAAGCAUCAGUGUUGGCGACACGGUUCUUGUGAAAGCAGAGAAAACCAACAGGCUUUCUACCAACUUUGACCCUGAUCCCUUUAAGAUUGUUCAUAAGACGGGGUCAGAGGUAACGCUUAGGAACGAGACUGGCAUUGAACUGAAAAGUAACACAGUGUUUGUGAAGAAGUAUAACGAGCACGGAGAUUUAUCCAAUGGCAACGAAGACCAAGUGGUACAGGCAGGUUCUGCAGUACGAGUGGAUGACCCAGGGAAAAGCAAAAUUUCAGAGACGACAGUCGUACCGAUGCCAAAAGAGAUUCCUGGAACGUCUGAAGAUUCUCAAGAACAACCUAGGCAUUUCCCAGACAAUGAAAAUACCGGAGUAGGAAGGCCUGUUCGGAGGUCGACCCGGACUGUAAGACCGCCCGAUCGUUCAUGGCCUCCUCAAAGGUCUACGUGUCAAACUCAGCUUUUACAAGUCCUUCACGAACUUGGUCAGGCUCUUGAUCGUGGACUGGAAACCGAUGUCAUCUAUCUAGAUUUCUCAAAUGCUUUUGACUCUGUGUGCCCAGCAAAACUUUUGUCAAAGUUUCGCAUGUUUGGUAUCGAUAGUCCUCUGCUGAACUGGUUUAAGAGCUACCUUUAUGGACGAAGUCAACGUGUCGUUGUAAAUGGAAGUUUCUCGUCCUGGAGUGUGGUCAAGUCUGGAGUUCCACAAGGCUCAAUCCUUGGUCCCAUACUGUUCCUGUUAUUUGUGAACGAUAUGCCGGACGUCCUAAAGACCUCGUCUUUGGCUAUGUAUGAAGAUGACUCCAAAUGUUUCAAACCCAUCAAAGCUACAACUGAUAUCUAUGAUCUCCAAGAUGAUGUAAAUCUCCCCUGCAACUGGUCAUCCCUCAAUGAAUUGUACUUCCAGCCAACAAAGUGCCAUAAUUUAAGAAUAAGUCGCAAAAAGAUCAGCCCACCACGUGUAUAUAAACUAAACAAUACCGAGUUGAAGCUUGUCAUGAAAGAGAGGGACUUUGGAGUUACAGUCACUAAAGACCUCACAUNACAAGAUUAA